GACCGCGGGCUCCACCCCGUCAGCGGCCAGAACUUUCUUGCUCUCCAUCGCCCAACACUAAUCUCGAUUCUCGCAACGCCGUCAUGGAGCCAUCGCCGGAGCGUUCGCCGCCGACCACCACCGCCACCGCCGCUGGAGGAGGACACGAGCCCUCCAACUCCUCCUCUCUCUUCCCCCUCUUCCCGCUCUCUGCCCCCACCGAGGUUUCCCAGUGUCUCCCGAACCCUAGCUUCUCCUUCGACGCCUCCUCCCUCAACAUCCCACCCACUGCCUCCUCGUCCCUCCCGCCGCUGAGCCCCUCUUCGGACGAGGAGGAGGCGGCCCCGAAGCCCGCUCCCGCGAAGUACAACCUGCUGCCGUCCUCGCCGUCCGACGAGGAGAGGGGGUCGAGGCGGGACGACAGGAAGAGGAGGAAGCGGAGGAGGGAGCAGGAGCGGUAUGAGGGGGCCGCCUCUUCGCGGAAGCCGGGGGUUCGUGCCUGGGCUGGGUCGGAGACCAAGCUGGUCAAGGAUUACUACGUCGACGCCAAGGGCGACCAGGAUAACUUGGCAUUUGGAUCAAUCUACAGAAUGGACAUUGCACGUUACAAGCCUCAAAACGCACUGGAGACACGUGGGCUUAAUCGACGUUUCUAUAAUUAUGGACAUGCUUCAUCGCAGAUGGAUCUAGAUUCAGAUUUGGAUGGACUGGAUAACAAAGUAAAAGUGGGAGGGCGUUACUUUUCAGCAAAACAUGCUGUUUUAGAAAGAAACAAGGGUUUCAAGCACCUGAAAGUGUUGAAAAGUGAUAUGAUUGCAAUUCUCCCUGAAGAUUUUAUCCCUGUAGAGACAUCAUCCCUUCCUGUGAAAAGCACAACCGUGCAACAGGAGCUUGAGGAAUCUUGGGAAGAUGAAAUACUUCGGAGGACAAAAGAAUUCAAUAAGAUGACACGAGAAUGUCCUCAUGAUGAAAAAAUCUGGUUGGCCUUCGCUCAGUUUCAGGACAAAGUUGCCAGUAGUCAGCCACAAAAAGCAGCACGUUUGCAAACAACUGAAAGAAAAAUUAGUAUAUUGGAGAAGGCUGUGGAGCUCAAUCCAGAUAACGAGGAAUUGUUGCUUUGCCUUCUGAAGUCAUAUGGUGAGAGGGAUAGCUCUGAGAGUCUCUUUGGUAAAUGGGAGAAAAUACUUAUGGAACACCCUGACAGUUGUAAGUUGUGGAAACAGUAUCUACUUCUGUGCCAAGGGGAAUUCUCCAGAUUCAAAGUAUCUGAUACACGGAAGUCUUACUCAUAUGCAGUACAGGCUCUAUCUGCAGCUUGCACAAAGCUAUGUAGGCAGGAUUGUGAAAAUGCUGAUCUCAAAGCACAUCCUUCCUUAGUUCAGGUUGAACUUGGUUUAGUGGAUAUAUUUGUGAAUCUUUGCCGGUUUGAAUGGCAAACAGGACAUCGAGAAUUAGCAACUGGGUUAUUUCAAGCUCAAAUUGAGUUUAGCCUAUUCUCGCCUCCCCUUUCCCUGUCCUCAAGCAGUAAGCAAAGACUCUUUGAGCACUUCUGGAAUAGUGGUGGUGCCAGAAUUGGAGAAGAUGGGGCUCUUGGAUGGUCUACAUGGUUAGCAAAGGAUGAGGAGAGUCGACAAAACAUGGUUAUGCAAGAAAAUCCUCAAGAGCCUGAAGGGGGAGGCUGGAGUGGUUGGUUUAAUCCCUCUGUAGCAAAUGCUGAAACGAAUGAUGUGUCUAACCAAUCAAUAGAAGAAUUGGCUGCUGAUGGAAUUGAUCCAGAAGACCCUGAUACUGAGGACACACCUGCACAAGAUGAUGUUGAAUCUUUACUAAAAAAGCUCGGCAUUGAUGUAGAGACUGAGUACAGUAGUGAAGUUAAGGAUGCAAAAACAUGGAAUAGAUGGUCCACAAUGGAGCUGUCGAGGGAGAAUGAACAAUGGAUGCCCCUUCGUGAAAAUUCUGGAGCAGGACCAAAUCAUUCUAAUGAUGCCUCAUCUGGAGAAGUCAAUGAUCAGCUUUCCAGAGUAAUCUUGUUUGAGGACGUAACUGAGUUUCUGUUCUCUUUAUCGUCAGAAGAGGCUCGUUUUUCCUUGAUAUGCCAAUUUAUUGAUUUCUAUGGUGGCAAAAUUUCUAGAUGGACAUCCAGCAACAGUUCAAGUUGGCUUGAUAGAAUUAUGAGCCUUGAGAUGAUUUCAAAUGAUAUUUCGGAAGAUCUUAUCGCCAUAUCUGACCUUGCAAACAAGACACAAAAUUCAAGUCAUUGUAGUUUGGAGUCUUUAUUAGGAAGUAUGCAUGAUCUUUCUCAAAGACCUGGCCUGGUGAAAUUUCUGAAAAAUGCAAUAUUGCUUUCCCUUGAUAUAUUCCCUCGUAAUCAUAUCUUGGAGGAAGCUGUCCUUGUUACCACCCAAAUGUAUACGGCACAAGAGAACACUUUGUCUACUCCAGCUAAUGCAUCGCGGGCUUUGGCCAAAAACCUGCUGAAGAAAGACAGACAGGAUCUUCUGCUUUGUGGUAUAUAUGGCCGAAUUGAGGCUAGGCAUGGGAACAUUGACCAAGCAAGGAAGAUAUUUGACAUGGCACUGUUAUCUACAGAAGGAGCUACACAGGAUCUCGUCAGGAAGGUUCCUAUUCUUUAUUUUUGGUAUGCUGAGAUGGAAAUAUCAAUAUCUACUUCUAGAAACAAUUCUGACUCGGCACAUCGUGCAAUAUACAUUCUUUCCUGCUUGGGUAGCAAUAUCAAGUAUUCUUCUUUUGGCGGUCCUAUAUCACGCCCGCUGGUAUUAAGGGCUCGUCAAGGAUUUAAAGAGCAGAUUAGAAGCCUGCGGUCUGCAUUUGCAAGUGGUUGUUUGAAAGAAGAAUCAGUUGCUCUGAUUUGCUGUGCUUCCUUGUUCGAGAGUAUGACUUCUGGUUAUUCUUCUGGUCUUGAAGUGAUAGAGGAGGCCUGUCCAUUUUCAGAGAGCCAUACCUUGGAAUUUGAAGAGUUGUGGAUGUAUUACAUCAAACUGCUUCAGAAGAAUCUGAACCAGUUGAGUCUCUCAAGGGUUUGGCCGAGCAUAUUGAAAGGAGUACAAACAUAUCCGUACAAUCCAAAAUCAUAUGCAUCCAUGUUAACUCUGAGCUGUCUUUACAGUGUUCCCAACAAUCUGCGUCUUACACUUGACAAAUGCAGUCAAAGGGACCCUUCCAUAGUUGCCUUGCUGUUCGCUUUGUCCUUUGAAUGGAGUAAAGCAGGAUCUUACAAUAGAAUCCACAGUCUGUUUGAGAGAGCUCUAGCUGAUGAUAAGUUGCAGAAGUCUGUUCUGUUGUGGCGCUGUUAUCUAGCUUAUGAGGCAGAGAUAGCCUGUAAUACUUCUGCGGCACGACGUGUGUUCUUCAGAGCUAUACAUGCUUGCCCAUGGUCUAAACGAUUAUGGCUUGAUGGGUUCCAAAAAUUGAGCUCAGUUCUGACUAUGAAAGAGUUAUCAGAUCUCCAGGAAGUUAUGCAUGGCAAGGAAUUGUUCAUUCGCACUGAUAUCUAUGAGAUACUGUUACAAGAUGAAGAUGACAUAUGAUCAGAUGUGUAUUCAAAAUUCCAAAUCUGUCCCUGAUGGCAAUCAUUUGAGCUGGUAGUUUCCAAGAUCACAGCCGUCAACCAAAUUCAGUUCUACAGCCGUCAUAAUACACAUCCAAUGAGAUCUGGAUGCAUCUUAUAAACGGCUACGUCUUUGGAUUGUCAAUAUUGCUGAUUUUAACUGCCCCUUACUUUCUGUUCCUUCCAAGACAUUUUUGCCAGGACAUAAUCAAUCUGAAAAUGUCUUAUGGCAACUGCUGAAGGCAAUUACAAAGCACAGUGAAUACAAAUUUGGUGUUCAGAUUGUUUUGCAAGAAUGGAGCAACAAAAAUGCAAAAUUACUGCAACCUCAGUCAAUUUUGGUGGUGAAUCAGGUUAAGCGGGCCUCAUGAGGUAUCCCAGGAUCUUGGCUGUCGAAAGAAAAUCUUAGUUUGCCGAAGACCUGGUUUCUCUACAAAUUUGUAAAAUCACUCGCUUGUAACAUCACUAGUUUUGCGCUAACCUGAACCGGUCAUUGUGUUCUUCGCGCAACUGAUGAAAUAAUAGAAUGUCACUCCAUAUUACAAUGA